CAUCUGAUUUGAUCUCUUUUGAAAAAUAACCGUACAAAAAGAAGAAUUGAAAACAUCGAGCCACAGCUACAAUCACUGCAACACUUUAAUUGCUAGAUUACCUGAACUCAACGAUCAGUAGCAGCACAAAGACACGUGAUGAUGUGUGAAUUGUGAUGACACUAACUAACAUGGCGCACAAUAACAUCAACUCCACCACCAUGGAUGGCGUGCCUCACCGAGUCAACAGCCCGCGUUACACCGGUUCGAUGACUCGUCGAGCUCACUCAUUCAAACGCAACAACAACAGCAAUAAUGAAAUUGAGCUCCAAAUAAACUCACCCAGAUCACCCUUGGUUUCUGCUGAAGGCUCUGUUUUGAAAAGGAAUCAGCAUCAUCAUAAGGAGAAAAAGAACAAGUUUGGCCAUUGGGUGUUCUUGCUCUUUUGUGGGGUAUGCUUGUUUCUGGGUCUUCUCAAGAUUUGUGCUUCUGCCUGGUGGUUCGGAUCUAAAGUACACAGUACACACGAAUCCAUUAUUCAGGAACUAUCUGACUCCAUCACUAGUCGAAAUCUAAUGGAUCAAAGCUCCCAUGGUUAUGCAUAUAGGGAGGGAGCAAAUGAGGUUGAACGAACUCUAAAGAUGGUAACUACAGGGGUAAUUGAUAGCCAGGCUGGCAUGGCUGAAGAAUCAGGUGUCUGGUCUAGACCCAACUAUGACAAUUUCACCCAAUGUAUAGACCUGCCAAGAAAUCAUAAAAAGCUAGAUGAAAAGACCAAUGGCUACAUUCUAGUAAAUGCUAAUGGUGGCCUGAAUCAAAUGAGAUUUGGGAUAUGUGAUAUGGUUGCUGUUGCUAAGAUUAUGAAGGCAACACUUGUUCUUCCUUCUCUCGAUCACACCUCUUACUGGGGUGAUGCAAGUGGCUUCAAGGAUUUAUUUGACUGGAAACAUUUUAUUGAGACAUUGAAGGAUGAUAUCCACGUAGUUGAGACAUUACCACCUGCCUAUGCUGAAAUUGAACCUUUCUCGAAAACUCCAAUAUCUUGGUCUAAGGCCAGUUACUACAAGAAUGAGGUUCUUCCCCUGCUAAAGCAGCAUAAAGUGAUCUAUUUCACCCAUACCAAUUCCAGACUUGCUAAUAAUGGAAUUCCAAGCUCCAUACAAAAGCUAAGAUGUCGUGUAAAUUAUAGAGCAUUGAAAUAUUCAGCUCCGAUUGAAGAAUUCGGAAGCAAAUUAAUAUCUAGAAUGCGACAGAAUGAAAAUCCUUAUCUCGCGCUUCAUUUGAGGUAUGAGAAGGAUAUGCUUGCAUUUACUGGCUGCAGUCACAAUUUGACAGCAGAAGAAGAUGAAGAGCUACGACAGAUGCGGUAUGAAGUUGGUCACUGGAAGGAGAAGGAGAUUAAUGGGACUGAGAGGAGAUUGACUGGAGGUUGUCCAUUAACUCCUAGGGAAACUUCCCUAUUGCUUAGAGCACUAGGUUUUCCAUCACAAACCAGGAUUUAUCUGGUAGCUGGAGAAGCAUAUGGUAGAGGAAGUAUGAAAUAUCUUGAGGAUGCUUUCCCCAACAUUUUCUCUCAUUCCUCUCUGUCUUCCGAAGAAGAGUUGAAUCCUUUCAAGAAUCACCAGAACAUGUUAGCUGGCAUAGACUAUAUUGUUGCACUUCAGAGUGAUGUAUUUCUCUAUACUUAUGAUGGAAAUAUGGCAAAGGCAGUACAAGGCCAUAGGCACUUCGAAAACUUCAAGAAGACUAUCAAUCCAGACAAGGUAAAUUUUGUUAAACUCGUUGAUAAGUUGGAUGAAGGAAAAAUUUCUUGGAAGAAGUUCAGCUCCAAGGUAAAAAGGCUGCAUGAAGAUCGAAUCGGUGCUCCGUAUCCCAGGGAGCGGGGAGAAUUUCCUAAGCUAGAGGAAAGUUUUUAUGCAAAUCCUCUGCCAGGAUGUAUAUGUGAAAGAAAAUUAGAUACUUCACAGUAGGUUGUCUGUCAUAUGGUUGAUGCCAUGAUGAGGGUUGCAUGUAUUGGCCAUUGUGGCUAUGCUGUCUCAGUACUUCUGUCUUGAGAAGGUGGAAAUUUGAUUGUACAAAAGCUUGGUUAUUUGAUAAGUUCUAUGUAUUGGCCUGGAUGAUGGACAUGUUUACAUGGGGCCAAGAAAAAGGGUUAAGAACUGAGCCACUCAGCUGCAUUACAAAUUAAAGGAUCAAGCACAGGCAGGUCAAGUAUACAGUAUACCAUUCACAACACAUGAUAAUCAUUAAACACCAUACCUUGAGGGGCAAACCUCAUCCUUAAUCACACUACUAAUGAAGAGUUUUUUUUUCUUUUUCAUUUAUAGAUUUUAAAUUAUUUAAUAUCUUUUCAUGCCAAGAAAAGAUGGUGAGACCGAAUAAGGGGUAUUGUUAUAGUUCAUUAUUCAAUAAUACAAAAUAUUAUGGCUUUUGUGCAUUA